GUUUAUUAUCAACAUAUUUAUUAUUGAUGACAAUAUUAUAAAUAAGUUUUAUAAAUAAAAUAAUAACACAGAAAAAUAUUCAGUUUCGUACACCUUAAUCGAUGUAUUUGUGAUGUAUAUUAUGGUUUCAGAUAGUACCUACUGACAUAAUUAACAGGAACGCAUUGUUGUGCAUACGACAACCUAGCGGCGAGCUUCAUAACAAAAGUAUUUUUGCGGACUCAUAGCCAAACCAAUACGAAAUGGAGGAAACAAAGGGGACAAUCAAAGAACAACUUGGUUUUCAGUCACAAUUCAACUGCAAAGUUAAGGAAAAUUUAACGAGAUUUGUCGUCCAUCGUUUCACAAACAAAUGUGUUAUCCUAGUUACACAGUACGGGGGUAUUCCAAAUUUAUACUUGGUUCAAUUUGAUGCGAACGAUGAACAUGACAAACGCAUUUCACCUUUGAAUAUAUCGGAGCUACACACGUCGGUGCCAGUGACUAUGAAAUGCUUGUUGGGUGUUGACCAAAUGGAAGUACGCGCCGGUAUACAGUUCUUAAUCAACAGAACUAAACUAAGCCAAUGUAAAACUGAAAUUUUAAUCACGCUUGGACUGAGAGAAACUAACGGUGAUGUCCUUAAAGAAAUAGCAGAUAUUCUUGAUAGAAAAGCGUUGUAGAAUCUCUUGUUAAUUUACUUAUAAUAAAAUAUUUUUUAAAGGCGAA